AUGAACGAGAGUCGCGGGGCUUCCCAUGCGGAGGCCAGUGCGACCACCGAGGGCAUGAACUCAUCAACACUGCGGGCGCUCCAAGAACCGGCUCGAGCGGAUCACAUCCAAGUCCCACGAUCUCCUCAACUUUUAUCCUUACGAGUAGAUGGAUUGAAUGCCGGAAUUCAAGACAAAAAUAAUCACGGUGUUGCCUAUAUCGAAACCUCUGAACGUGGGAGCAACACCUCCGCAGAUGGUCCACGACCAGAACCACACUCCGCAAGCGCCUUCACAGACUCCAUGCCCAGCCUACCUGCCUCUUUAUCGAACGAAUAUGACCAGCACGCGGAGUUGGACAAUUCUCACUCCUUCGUUGAGAAUUCGCAGUCGUCACGAACAGAACCGAACUCGGGGAAUUCACAAGACUCCUUAUAUACCCCGUCAGCCAAUGGAGGUGGAGUAGAUAUACUUCAUCCACUCAAAUCAGAAUACAGUAGCAAUGGCUCGGUUUCCCCAGUACGAUCUCCCAGACACCAUACAUUGCGAUCGGGUAUCGACACACACUCUGCCUCCGGACACAAGAGGACAGCAACUGGGGACAUCAAGCCUAUCUCGGCGCAUCCCAUAACACCACGACCAUACGAUGCAAAUGGUGCUUCACGGCGUCGUUCAAAAAGCACAGGCUCCCCCGCACAUGGGAGCCGCAUCGCACAGUUAUCUGUUCAUAUUCGGACGCGAUUGUCCUAUGCGGCAGCCAAAAUAGAAAAGUCCCGACAGUCACAACCCAAUUCUCAGCUCGCACUACGUGGACUAGACAACUUAUCUUCUCUAGACUCGCAAAGUGCAAGCGGCUCUCCAGCACCACUGAAGUCAAACCCGACAUCUCACCCUCUACACAGUUCAAACUCCUCGACUCCCCGACCCUUCCUAUCUCACCACCGCUCUCAAUCAGCGCUAUCAUCGCCUGGUAAACUCCUUGCUAUUCCUAAGCUAGCCCCGCCUGUGGACAUUAUCUCUUCAAAUGGAGACACGCGGCGACGACGGCCAAACCCGAAUGAGCCACUUCAAAAACCCCUUGGUCGCGGUCCGUACUCCCACCACAAACGGCAUCAUUCAACCCAGGAAUUGUCCUUGUACAGUUCAACGAAUGGGUCACCGAGAGUUGUAGGCCCAGGAACACCAUUGAUCCUCCCAACUUCGCGUGGGCCUACAUCUUCUCAAGAAGGGUUUUACGGAUCCAGAACCCAGUCUCAAAACACGUCGAUGGAGCAGGACGCAAUUGAAACGCUUCUGUUCAUGUCUAGCCCCGAGAACUCAGGCUACCGUUCGAGCCCUAGACCGUUGCAGCCUCCAGCGACGCAAAGAAGUCUAAACGAGUCGAUAUAUUCCAAUCACAAUUCAGUCGGAUCCCAGCCCAGUCAUGGCUCGCAAAGUAACAGAUCGCAGAAUAGUGGGGAUUCGAAGUACAGACCUCUCGGUUUGGGGCUAGAAGCCAAUGCGGGCGAUGAAAUCGAUCGCAUCUUAGACCAGAUGGAAAGCGACAGUGAGGAUGAUGCUCGGUAUGCAUCGCAUCGUCUUCAUGCCAAGACACAGUUCAGAGGGCACCAAGGACGCCCAGGGUGA